AUGGCAAUCGACCAGGACGUCGAAGAGUUGUUGAUCAUGGGGGACUCAGAUCUGAUUAUUCGGCAAGCUCAGGGAUGGGAAACUCGAGAUAUUAAGCUUAUCCCUUACAGGCAGCAUGUGGAAGACCUCAGCAAGCGAUUCAAGUUGAUAGAAUUUAGGUACAUCCCUCUUUGUCACAACGAAUUGGCUGACGCACUUGCUACUUUGGCCUCAAUGCUGCCGUACCCAGGUAAUGCUCACAUAGAUCCCUUGGAAAUCCGAAUCCGGGAAAGGCAUGGUUAUUGCAAUACAGUCGAAGCAGAACAAAAUAUCAGGCCAUGGUACCAUGACAUUAAAAGAUUUCUGAAAACGCAAGAAUACCCCGAGCAAGACAGUGGGGAUCAAAAGAGAACCAUCAGACGACACGCGAGUGGUUUCUUUUUGAGCGGUGAUGUCUUGUACAAAAGGACUCCGGAUCUCAAUCUGUUAAGAUGUGUUGACCUCGAAGAAGCCGGAAGGAUCAUGCAUGAAGUACACACAAGAGUGUGCGGACCCCACAUGAACGGGUUUGACCUCGAGGCACAGGAUCCAAGGUGGCCGAAAGAAUGA